GUCCAGGGGUGUAACUACAGAGAAAACAGACUCUGCGGCUGGCGGAGGGCCCAGGAUGUAUAUGGGCCCCAUGAGGCCCUUAUUAAUGAGCAAUUUCAACAUAUAUUGGUAAAACAGGACAACCUCUGGAUAUGUUGGAGGCCGUGAAAUCAAUUUGAUGUGGGGCCCAGCAGGGCUGCCAUCAAGGGGGCACAGGUACUGCUGUACCGGGCCUGCGUCUGAAGAGGGCUAUUUAGAAAAGUGCAGCACAGCCGGGUCCCCUUUGACAGCGCUGAAGUCGUGCUGCUUCUGAAUUGACCUGAAUUGACAAAAACAGCUGAAAUUGAAGUCCCGAAGUGGUAAAGAGAUCCAAAGUCACUAAAGGAGGCCAAGUCCUGAAGACAUGAGUUGAAUUCUGCUGAAGACUAAUAUGUGUUUUUUAAAUCCCUAGCCAACAAUGUAUUGUUUUAAUAUUCUAUAGGCCCCUGCCACGUGUGUGUGUGUGUGUGACCUUUUUUAGCGCUGUGUGGUCUUCAGUGAUGUGCAGUAAUUUUGUUCAAGUUACACCUCUGUGUGUGUCUGUGUCAGGUCUAUCUCCAGUGUGUGUUGCAUGACAGUGGCACAUGUAGCUACUACAGUAACUGAGAGUAGUUCCAUUAGUUGGCAGCUAUAGUAAGUGCCAUUCCCCGAGCACUGACUCCCCCACUCGUGCAGCUCCAGUACAUAAGGGAUCAUACCCGGCACCGAAUGGGUUAAUAGCCCUUCCGGUCCGUUUUGUCGCACGUGGGGUCUGCCUGCAGUACCGGAGCCCAGUCUCCCCGUGUCUCUCCGUAUCCCCGGUUGUUCCCAGUCUCCCCGCACGGUGCAGCGCCAGCGUGACUGUGAUUGGCUGCCGGUGCGAGACUUACACACAGGUGGGCGGGGCCACGGAGCACAUGAUAAAUCCCAGUAUGAGAUCGCAGUGCCAGCGUUUGGGAUUAACACUGUAACUGCAGCUCCCUGCACCGGCCAUUCAUCGCAGCCCCUACUAACUGCCAGUCUGUAGUGUCAGCCUGUAGUGCCAGUCUAAACUGCCAGUCUGUAGUGCCAGCCUGUAGUGCCAGUCUAAACUGCCAGUCUAUAGUGUCAGUCUGUAGUGCCAGUCUAUAGUGUCAGUCUAUAGUGCCAGUUUGUAGUGCCAGUUUGUAGUGCCAGUCUGUAGUGCCAGUCUAAAGUGCCAGUUUGUAGUGCCAGUCUAUAGUGGCAGUCUGUAGUGCCAGCCCCUCUUAGCAGCAUUUAGUGCAGCCUCACAGUAUCAGACAUUGCAGCAGCCUCUAAUGCCAGUGUGUAGUGCCAGCUCCCACUACUAGCUUUAACUGCAGCACUCAGUGCCAGGCAUGAAUGCCAGCUCCUAUUGCCAGUGGAAGUCAGUAGUGCCAGUCUUCAGGGUCAGUAGCAUCCUCUAGGGAUAACUCAGGGUACCCGUUUCCAGCUCCAAGUACCAGCAUUACUUUCAUACCAGCUGCAACUACCAAAGCUUCUCUGCAGCUCCUUGUCUCUGCCACAUCCAGGUGCCCAUCAGACACUGACCCCACAGCUUGACAAUGGACAGCACCAUCUUUGAGAUUAUCAUAGAUGAAUUUGAUGCCAACUGCAGCCUUUUGGAUGCUUUUCAGGACAGUUUUUUGCACUCUGAGUCCUCCUCUUUGUUUGGCUUUGAAGGUCCCUAUUGCAGUGCCACCAUUGACCAGAUUGGCACGUGCUGGCCCAGGAGCAUAGCCGGAGAACUCGUGGAAAGACCCUGCCCGGAUUCCUUCAAUGGGAUUAGAUACAAUACAACUAGAAAUGUCUACAGAGAAUGCUUUGAAAAUGGAACCUGGGCGUCCUGGAUGAAUUACUCUCAGUGUGUGCCAAUUCUGGAUAAUAAGAGGAAGUACACCCUUCAUUACAAGAUCGCUCUCAUCAUAAACUACUUGGGGCACUGCAUCUCUGUCUUGGCUCUCGUUAUCGCCUUCUUGCUCUUUUUGUGUUUGAGGAGUAUAAGAUGCCUGCGGAACAUUAUCCACUGGAAUUUAAUCACUACUUUCAUCCUGAGGAACAUCAUGUGGUUCCUGCUGCAGAUGAUUGACCAUAACAUUCAUGAAAGCAACGAGGUCUGGUGUCGGUGUAUCACAACUAUUUACAAUUACUUUGUGGUGACCAAUUUCUUUUGGAUGUUUGUGGAAGGAUGUUACCUACACACGGCGAUAGUGAUGACAUACUCAACGGACAAACUUAGGAAAUGGGUGUUCCUCUUCAUAGGGUGGUGUAUUCCGUCUCCGAUCAUUGUGACCUGGGCCAUUUGCAAGCUUUUCUAUGAAAACGAACAGUGUUGGAUUGGGAAGGAGCCGGGGAAAUACAUUGAUUACAUAUACCAGGGGCCGGUGAUUCUCGUACUUCUGAUAAAUUUUGUAUUCUUAUUCAACAUUGUAAGAAUUUUGAUGACAAAACUGAGAGCUUCAACUACGUCUGAAACAAUACAGUAUAGGAAGGCCGUGAAGGCAACUUUAGUCCUUCUCCCUCUUCUGGGAAUCACCUACAUGCUCUUCUUCGUCAACCCCGGAGAGGAUGAUGUUUCUCAGAUCGUCUUUAUUUACUUCAACUCGUUUCUGCAGUCCUUUCAGGGUUUCUUUGUGUCAGUAUUUUACUGCUUCCUUAAUGGGGAGGUCCGGUCGGCUGCAAGAAAAAGAUGGCACCGUUGGCAAGACCACCAUUCUCUGCGGGUUCGGGUAGCCAGAGCAAUGUCCAUACCAACGUCUCCCACCAGAAUCAGCUUUCACAGUAUAAAGCAGACGGCAGCCGUCUGAUUGUAAUACCGCAAGAGACCACUAGGUUUCCCAUUCAUUGCCCUGAGGUUUCUUUUUGUUGUUUUUUUUUGCACUUUGUGGUGCCCUUGCGUGUUUGGUGGCCAUACAUUCGUACAUGAAGCUUUAUCCCUGCGAGGUGAGCAACACGGGAGAUGGACUGAGAACAAACGGCUGGAAGGCCGAGCGCCUCUUUCUGAAGAACCACUGGGUGGUGGAAGCACAAACUGUAGAAGGCACCUGGGUGCCCCACCCAUUGAGUUUCUUCUUCUUUGUUUUUUAUUUAAAUGUUGUGAUUGGACGGUGAAUUCAGCUCCGUUUUUUUCAUUGGUCGGAAGGUGGUUUUGCUGCAGAUAUGACUGUAUUUUUGCCAAUGGGUAAAAUAUUGAAUAUUUUCAUAGGCGUGUAUUUAUAAAUAUCUUUAUGGACACAAAUGGAAACGAACCAAACCCCCAUUGGUUGUUUUCUCCGCGCUGUUUAUUGUAUUUGCUAGGCUGCUUUUUUUAGGGAAGGGCAAGGAGGAGAUUCGCCCGGUGACACAGAGGGAAAAUCAAAUAAAAGUGUAAAGGAAAGGAGUGGGAUUUGUUUAGUAUAUUCAUCAAGUGUGGCCCUCAAGUUGUUAUUGAACUGGACCACCAGGUCAAAAUUCAAGAUUUAUGUCAUUUCCCCCCACCCGUUGGGAUGGGACCCAACCUUCCUUCAAUGCAUGUUUAGGUGCACUUGUAGCAACCCACAUAGCAACCAAUCAGUAGGCACCAUUUACUGGUCUACUGUUUCACAACAAAGUUCUAAUUGGUUGCUAUGGGUUACUAGGCCUGGAGCUAAGCUUCGCAGAUAGUUGUUCAACAGAACCACAAAAUUGACUUUCGAAAUCCACGGAAAGCUCAGAAAGAGACCAGAGACAAAUGUUUUUGGAUCACUGCCGUCUCUUCUACAUCUUACAGAAUCAUUUAAAGGUGGACACCCCAUUAACCUAGUUAUGGCCCCCCACUAAUUAUACGUGUCCAAGUGGAGCGCUCCAUGACACCGUUGGCAAGAACCAGAGAGAGAGAAAAGGAGGUAAGUGUUUGGGCCAAUCAAUUGCCGCUGAAAAAAGAAGCCUAAAUAUGGAGACAAAAAAAAAACGAAUUGAAAUAGGAGAAAUUGUGCCUACAUUUUGGGCAGAAAACAAGAAAACUAGGACUGUGAUUUUUUUUUUGUACCAAAUUGUAUCAACUGUUCUAUUAAUGGGCUGUGUAAUAAUUGUGUUUUAUUAUUGUAUAAAGUUUAAAAUACACCAGUUAAAGGGUAAAUCUAUCAUCAUAGACUGCAGAGUCCCAUAUUUAUUGGACGUUCCCAAACCCAAAGAGAGAAAGAGAUUUGGGCCCUUAUAGGAAAUUUUUUCCUGCUCAGUGUUCAAAGUUCUACUCCUCCUGCCUCCAUCUUAUUCUUCUCUCCGCCCUGUUCCUGUUUUUCUCUUCCCACCUCAUUGCCUUGCUCCGCCCCUCUACUCUGAUCCAGUGUAAAGAUGGCAGCUUUAUAUUGUCACAUUUUUUAAAGGUUUACUGCAUUCAUAUGGGAUUGUGUUGGGUUUUUAUUAUGAAUAUCCACAUUUUCUUGGGACUGAAGCGCAAGUCUUUGGUCGUCCAGAUGUUGAUGAACUCUCAGCAGCUUUCUCCGUCAGGCUUGCUUGGAGUUCUAGUUCAACCAUAAUCUGAAGGGCUGAAGGUUUUCUGUAGUUGUCUAAAACGUCAGCACUGGUGUAGAUACCCUUUGGCAAUGGGAACACCCAGGGGCAGAUUUAUUAAGGUUCGAGUUGUUUUUCCCUUAAAAGUUCGAGUUUUCGAGUUGUAUUUU